AUUUCACACCAAGAUCACAACAUUCCUUUUGAUGAAUCUUCAGCAGAUACAGGAGAUUAUAAAUCUUUUCAACCAGCAGAACAGCGGACUCCUGCUUCAGCAAUGCAGUCUUCUGGUCGUGGUCUUCUUCCUGAGGUUGGUAAAGGACAGGGACAUCAUCUUCGUCCAGAAGCAUCUGCAUCCAGUUCUGGCACUUCUUAUAGCGGAACGACUACAUUGGAAGUGGAACAUCAAGGAGAUCUUCGUUCUUCUUCAGAUGUAGUUAGUAAUAGUAUCAUAAACAUUUUCAAGGAAGACUGGAAAGACGUGGGUCUGAG